AGCGCUUCCGCAAAAGGCCCCCUUCCCCUUCCAAAACCCUAGACUCUCAAACCGCCGGACAGCCGCCACCCCCAACCCAACCCAGCAGCAACUCAACCGACCCCCGCCUCGCCACCCAUGGCGGCGCGCGAGGGCCAGAGCGACCCCCCGCAUCGCCGGGAGCCUGGCCAGCGCCGCCCCAUGUGCGCCGUCUGCACCAAGCCCCUGAGCGUCUGCCUCUGCGGCCGCCUCCGCGGGCCCCCGCUGGACACCACCGUCGGCGUCACCGUGCUGCAGCACACCAUGGAGGUCCGGCACCCGCUCAGCUCCAUCCGUGUUGCCCGCCUCGGCCUCCGCAACCUCGCCGUCACCCAAGUCACCGACGUCAACCACCGCGCCAGCUUCCUCCUCAGGACGCUCGGCGGCGCCGCGGCCUCGAAUCUUGGAGACGGAGAAACCGAUGUUGGCGCCGCUCAUGCCGGAAAUCAUGACGGUUCCGUUGUUCCUGGGCAGACUGGCAUACAAGAUGGUGAAGGUUUCGAGCCAAGCCAAGGCAAAGGAUUGGAUCAUGCAAUGUGGAGUGAUUCUGAAGAUAUGGGGAUAAAUCCUUUCGGUGGUCAUUUGGGUGUGAAAAAUGCCAGUAUUGCAAUCUCUAGGCAAGUUGCUGGCGAAGGAUUAGAUAAUAGGGAAAUAAGCAAUGGUGUUUCCUCUGAUCUGGAUCGAGAAGUUGGCGGUGGCAUUGAAUGUGACUCUAAUGGUGAUGAGUGUUUCAGAUUCGAGAAGGCGAAAAUAAAUGAACAUGCUGGAGAUUUUGAAAGGCCAGUCUCAGCCGCAAAUCAGUCGGAAAGCUAUGUAGCCAAUGCCGUCAAAGCUGAAGGCCAACACAGAAGUGAGACAUGUGUGACAAAUAAGGUACAUGCUGAUCUGCCUCACCCUUUAGUUGAAACUACCUCAGUUAAUGGUAUUUGCACUGAAAAUGUUGAAGUUGCUGCUGUUACUGGAGAAGGUUGGACCGUGGAAAAUAUGGAAAAGUGCUCUGUUGCUUAUACAGAAAAGGAACUCAGGAUUGACAUUGAGCGCGGUGUAAAGCCCCAAAUCAGAUGGUUGUGCAGAGGUUCUGUUGGUCAAGGAGCUGUCUCGAAUGGCUUUACUGUCGUGAAAAUACAGAAGAACAAGUCCAGACGUACAGGUGAAGUCUCGGAGUUUGAGGAAUUUUCCAUCACCAUACCGCCACACGCAGCUCUGCUAUUUCCAUGCCAGGGUGCAAUCAGCCUUGAUGCUUUAGAUUGUCAGGUGAAACAUUUGAUUGUGUUGGAUGGCACCUGGGCAAAGGCGCAGCGGAUGUACCAUGAGAAUCCAUGGCUACAACUUCUGCCACACGUGAAGCUAGAAUCAGAUAAGGUUAGCUUGUACAGCGAGGUGAGGCAGGAGCCAAAGGCCGGGUGCUUGUCAACCAUUGAGAGCAUAGUUAUCACCAUGAAGAAACUUGGAGAGGAUGAGAUGGGUUUGGAUGAUGUUCUGUCUGUUUUCGAGUCAAUGAUUAUUGAUCAGCGGCGUUGCAAGGAAGAGAACUGGAAACCAAAACUAAAGCCAUAGUAUUGGGUCCCACUGUUUUGAUCUAAUUUUUUGACGGGUGUUUUGAUCUAAUUUUUAUUGGGGACUUCUGGAUGCAUUUUCGGUCCAGAUGUUUUCUGUAUCAUUAUUUCAUACUGAGUGAUUAAACAGGCCAGCAUUUCUGGACAGUGUUUUUGUUCGCCUCCACUUUCAGAGCUACAAGGAUACUACCAACCCUGUUCUCAGUGUAACUAUUUCCCCAUAA